UAUUGUGGAAUUGAGGGAGUAGUUAUUACGGAUUUGUCUGCCGUGAUUACAACGUCAUUGCUUUGCUUAUAGACACGAAAAUCUAAACAUAGAAAGCACACAAGUUUCCAAUCGAAAACAGUUUGGCUAUUAUGUGGUGGGCGAGAGUGAUUUUGUUACUGUUGUUUCAUCGAGGUAGCAGCAGCAGUACAACAAGAGCGCCUGAGAAUACUUGUCCACCCUCAUCUUGUGGCAAAAUAUCAAACAUAAGUUACCCUUUUCGGUUGAAAGAUGACCCAAAACACUGCGGAGACAGCAGGUAUGAGCUAUCAUGUGAAAAUAAUGUAACAACUUCUAAUUUGUUCGCUGCAAAAUAUCAUGUGCAGUCCAUCAACUACAAUAACAUCACAAUCAGACUUGUUGAUCCGAGAGUUCAACAAGAUACCUGCUCUUCCCUUCCUCUCUAUUUCUUGUCUCAAUCUGAUUUCUGUGAAACUUAUCAGGACCGCCAAUACUGCACGGAUCCAUACCAAGCCUCGUUAUUUCGUGAUGGCAGCCUUCUUUUUGAGCAUAUAGUUUACUUGAAUUGUAGCCAUCAAGUGACAAACAAUCCUAAAUAUGUUGAUACAACUUCCUGCCUCAAUUGGAACUCCAACAAAGGCUAUUAUAUUUAUGCCAUGGCCGGUGAUUUAAUCGCUCAAGAUUUUCAAGUUGGUUGUCAUGUAAUAUUGGUUACUCCCACUUCUUGGCUGAGUUUGCAAAGAAAUCAUCAACUACUUUCCUAUGUUGAUAUGCACAAGGCCUUAGUCUAUGGAUUUGAGAUUUCUUGGUUGGAUCUUGCCUGUAAUAAUAGCUGCGGAGAAUCAAAUUAUUGUUCCUUCAACGCUACCUCCGACAAACUUCAAUGCUAUGCCGAUGUCGACUGCAGUAAUAUCCGAUGGGAAUGGAUGAAUAAUUGUGGAAUAUGGCCCCAGCUGCGUUUAUUCGUUAAAGAUUCUAUCGUAUAUAUCUGGAAAGUAUUGCUUGAAACUAUAAAAGCACCCUUCAACCGACAUCCUUUUAUUUCCAACAUGUUAAGUGGCGAGUAUCCCUUAAGAGUUUUGAUAGGACAAUAUGCUCUAACGUCGUUUUUAGUGGCUAGAUUUCUCUUUGGGAUGACAUUAUUUAUUGCUUUGUUGAUAUACAAACGGAGGAAAAGACAUUUGUCAAUGUUUGAAUAUAUCGAAGUAUAUCUACAGCAACAAAACAACCUCAAUCCCAUCGGAUAUUCAUACAAAGAAAUUAAGAAAAUGGUUAGAGGUUUCAAAGACAAGUUAGGUGAAGGAGGCUUUGGCACUGUGUUUAAAGGAAAUCUUCGUAGUGGACCUUGUGUGGCAAUCAAGAUGUUGCGUGAGUCUAAAGGUAAUGGACAAGACUUUAUUAGUGAAGUAGCAACCAUCGGAAGGAUACAUCAUUUGAAUGUGGUGCAAUUAAUUGGAUUUUGUGCGGAGGGAUCAAAACGUGCUCUUGUUUACGAUUUCAUGCCUAAUGGAUCUCUUGAUAAAUUUAUUUUCUCUAAAGAAGGGAGUAAAAAUAUAAGCUAUAGCCAAAUUUUUGACAUAGCAGUUGGAGUAGCUCGUGGAAUUGCUUAUCUCCAUCAUGGAUGUGAAAUGAAGAUUUUGCAUUUUGAUAUUAAGCCUCACAACAUUCUUCUUGAUGAGAACUUCAUCCCAAAAGUCUCUGACUUUGGAUUGGCUAAGUUAUAUCCGGCAGAGAAUAGCAUCAUCACAAUGACUGCAGCGAGAGGAACAAUUGGAUAUAUGGCUCCAGAAUUGUUCUACAAAAAUAUUGGAGGAGUGUCUUAUAAGGCCGAUGUUUAUAGCUUUGGGAUGCUUUUGAUGGAAAUGGCAAGUAAAAGAAAAAACCUAAAUGUCCAUGCAGAACAUUCCAGCCAACUUUACUUUCCUUUAUGGAUUUAUGAUCAAGUUGAAAAAGAGCAAGACAUAGAAAUGGAAGAUACCACUGAAGAGGAAAAGAAAAUGAUAAAGAAGAUGGUCAUAGUCGCACUCUGGUGCAUACAAUUGAAACCUGAUGAUCUUCCUUCAAUGAACAAAGUCGUGGAAAUGCUCGAAGGAGAUGUUGAAAGUCUUAACAUGCCUCCAAAGCCACUUCUUUAUCCCAAUGAAACCAUUGAAAACAAUCAAAGAAGCAGCUUGGACCAAACGAUGUCAAGUGGUUACACUAGUGGUUCUUAUGAUUCUGUGGAAAUAGAAGCUAAUUCUCUAAUAGAGAACAUUUCAUGAAUAUUUAUGCAUCUACUGUCUUAAACACUUUUUCUCAUGUAAUUCUACAUCCGUCUAUUGGAUAACUAUUAUACUGAACUUAUGUAUAUGGUAAUUUGACCUAUUUUACCAUACAGGAUCAAUAUUGGGCUAUUUAUUCUUCAUGCUAAAUAUUGGAUAACUAUUAUAUUACCAUAUAGGAUAAAAUAGUGUGAUACUUAUAUGUUCUUCAUGUUAAUUAUUGGAUCAUUUGGUGUUAAUUAUUAUGUUAAUUUUAUUUAAGCUAGUCUAAUUCUUGAAUCACUUCUAGUUCUAAAUUUAAAUAUCCUGCAGUAGUAUUUGCAGUUGUAUUAGCCGAAGAUGAAGCAUUGAAAGGAUUGGUUGGAACUUUUAACUUGUCUCCCUCUCUUUGUAGCAUCUGCAGCACAGUUUUCAUAGACGGACGAUCUGCAGAGUGCCACUGAAUGCACCAAAGUCCUAAAACUGCUAGCUUCUUUAUAAUUCUAAAAUCUACCUCUUCGUCAAUUGGAAUAUGUAUGUCUCUCCCUUUGAGCAAACUGUGGAUCCAAUCUGGAUACAAAACUUGGAAAUUUUCUUCACCCAUGAUUGUAUUAGUAUUCUUUCUUCCUCCAACCAUCUCCAACAGCAACGUACCGGGCUAUAUAUUAUCAGAUUUAUAAGAGACAUUCCCAAAAUUUCUAAAAAAAACUUCAGGUGCCAUGUACUAUUGUACUCUAA